AUGCAGCGAGCAAUCAAACCUUCGCCAUCCAGUUCCUUGGCAGAAGUAGUAUGUCAGUGGCAGCCUACCCAACUCCAUCAACUGGCCAAAUCCUAUUCAGAGUCCUGCUCUCCUCCUCAAGUCACUUUCUCAUCAUAUGAUAGAUACAAGGAGUACUUCGAACCACUUCUGCUUGCGGAAGUUGCCGCUGAGCUGCUUUCAGCCUCGGAAAAGUUUCAAAGAUCCAAACCAGCGCGCCAACCGAAGUUGCGAGCUCGUCGUCAAGAGCCCGGCACCAACGCCGCCCUCGUUCUUGUCUCAAAGGUGUCACGGCGGCAUUCUUGGGGCUUUGGCUGGGCCGUAGAUCUUGACUCGAAUGAUCGAAAAGGACCCGUCGGUUGCAUUGAUAAUGAUGUCGUUGUUUUAUGGCUCUCCUCCGCCUCACAGACACGUCAGCGACCUCCUCGUGCUCGAUCACAACCGCUUCCAGCGUCCCGGGUCAUCUCCGACAACGCUGUCCUUGGUGUUGUCGUCCGUAUUCCCUCAAGAACGGGUUCUCGAGCCGUAGUCGUUUUAUCCAAGUUUCCUGACGGUAAUGAAUUAGGGGUUCGGACUGACUUGGAGGACGGUGAAGAAAACGAGGACGCCCUACCAAGUGCACGCGUCUGGAACCUUUUACGGUUAGGAUCCCUUACGACAAUGAAGAGAGAAUUUGAUGCAUUACAAACCAUCAAAACAUCGGUGCUGCUCCCCGUUUUGCUUCGUCCAGCGCAGCAAAGCACAGGUUUUUUUCGAAAUGAAGAAAAUUUCACGCGAGUUAUCGCAAGCAAAACUGGUCUAAACCCAUCUCAAGCACGGGCCAUAUUGCACGCUAGUACGUGCAGAAAUGGAUUUUCUGUCGUUCAGGGUCCUCCUGGGACUGGAAAGACGAGAACGUUGAUCUCCCUUCUCAACGUUAUCCAUAUGACUCAAUAUCAGGAAUACUAUGAAGGACUACUAGCUUCUAAGACUUUCUCAAUGGUUAGUGAAUCGAAGCUUGUCCGGAUUUCCAAACGAGCAAGACGACCCCGUCUUUUGAUCUGCGCACCUUCCAAUUCUGCAGUAGAUGAGAUUCUUACCCGAUUGACGAGCAGCAAAUUUGUCGAUGGUCAGGGGCGUGAGUAUUGCCCCGAACUGGCGAGGAUUGGAGCUGAAUCUGCCCACCCCACAAUCAUUGACCUCCACGAAAAGCUUGAGAGGAUGGACAGAGACUUGAGAAGGCUGAGCAUCGCAGCAUCAGAUGGAGCGAAAGAUCUCAAACGGGAGGAAAAAUUACGACAGAUAGCGCGAACAUAUGUUGAAGAUGCACAAUUAGUGUUUUCAACGCUGUCAGGCGCUGCAUCAAGCAUUUUGACUAAGAGAGCUGUCAAUGAUAUUACGAGCGCUGAAGGAGCUCUGUUCGAUACUGUUGUUAUAGAUGAAGGCGCACAAGCAACUGAGCCUUCUUGUCUAAUUCCAAUGGCCUUGGGUGCUAGACGAUGCCUACUUGUCGGAGACCCUCAACAGCUUCCUGCUACUGUUUUAUCGUCAGGCGCCGCUGGGCUGGCGUAUGGUCAAUCACUACUAGAACGAGUAUGUAAGGGGGGCCAAAAUGCACAGAUGUUGGACACGCAGUACAGAAUGCAUCCAGCCAUAUCCUCGUUUCCUAGGCGCUAUUUCUAUCAUGGCCGACUAGUUGACGAUGAAAGUGUGCAAGGUGAGAGCAGAGCACGGCCGUAUCAUCGUGAUGCCAUACGGCCAAAACUUGGGCCAUACGUUUUCCUGGAUAUUGCAGAUGGAGAGGAAAUGAGAAGCAGAGACGAUCGGUCCAUCUUCAAUCGGUCAGAAGCUGAACUUGCCUCUUUGAUAUAUACAAACCUUAAGAAGAAUUACCCUAAGGACUCUCUUUUUUCUGCUUCUGCCAAAGUCCACGGUUCUGUGUCAGGUUUUGGGGUUGUGACACCCUACAAACGACAGAUGCAGGAGCUGCGCCAGUCAUUUGACAGGGCUGGUAUUCCCACUGGCGAUGUAGAGAUUGAUACAGUAGACUCGUUUCAGGGGCGAGAGAAAGACGUAAUCGUCUUCAGCUGUGUAAGAACGGCAUCAGCUCACCGCGGUAUUGGAUUCGUGCGUGAUGUGCGUCGGAUGAACGUCGGGCUAACACGAGCUAGGUCGUCUCUCAUCAUUCUGGGUUCUGCACACGCGCUGGCAGAAGGGUCAACAGACUGGGCAGAGCUCGUCGAGGAUGCGAGCUCGAGAGGAUGCCUCAUAAGCGUUUCAAACGUCACACGAUGCUUAAUUCCACCGACCCCAAGUCGUAAGGGAUUGAUAGCGUCAGCACCGGUCGUGCCAUGCACUUCAAGCAGCGAAAAUCUACUCCACCAGCCUGGGCCGCGUCCGCCGGUUGAGAACUCUCGCGUCGCGAAAGAAAAGAACUCUUCCUCCAAAGGCCCCGUAGAUCCCCGUAGACGGGCCACAAGGAAGUCAUUGGUUGCUGACACUGACAAGAGUGAAGGCCUGCCAGAUCCAGGGCGUCCUUCUGAUAUUCCUGGAGAAGUCAAGUCCAAUACAAGUGUUUUGAAAGUUCCAACACAACAGUUAUCAGUGCCUGGUGAUGCAGCAACACAGCAUGCGUCAAAGGUGGCUAUAUCGGACGCCUCAAGAGACAAAAACUUUGAUUUGCAGUCAACACUAGAGCAACUGUCAAAAGUAUUAGCAGACGGAGGCGUUCAAAAUUUAAGCGGGAUUGAGAAAACUUUACGAGAGCACGUCAGGAAUGGUGGGGCACUAGAACUGGAAGCAAUAAUGGCUGCGACAGUCACAAACGCAAAUUCUGACCCAAAAUCUUCGGCGAAGCCUUCGAACGAAGCAACCCGACAAUGGCAACAACCGCUUUCAGUCACCACACAUGACACAGCCGCUGGCGAUGUCCCCAAUACAAGCGCUAGUAAUGGAUCAGCAAGUGACCGGAUCGUCGGUUCUGAUCCAGGCAGUAUUAUUAGACCUGAACCCCCAAAAACGAAACCUUUUCUACCAGCUGAUGGAAACCCAACAACAUCUGUCGCAAACAACGAACGCAGUAACGUUUCUGAUCGAAGCAACAGGGCUAGAAGAAGUACAACGAGAGGGCGACAGGCAAAAGCGAAUGGACGCGAAAAGUCAGCGGACAAGAAGCGAGAUAAAAGCGAGGGUUCCGCACCAUCGGGGUGGGAUAUGCUGUUUUCCAGCAAGGGCACAACGCCAGAGGAAAAGAAUAACAACCUCGCCGGGAACGGGGCCUCGUCGCGACCAGAUUCGAAAGAAGAACUUGUCCAAAACCCGCACCAGUGCGGCAGCGUUAACGCUGAAGCAGUUUUGAAGAGGACGGAGGUCGACGGGCAGGGCAAAAGCGGGCCAGAAACAAAGCCUAUAAAUUCACCAGAAGAAAAACGAGCUCGGGGCCCAGACAUGUCAGGUCAAAGCAGCAGAGCUCGCAAGAAUUGGAACGAAAAGGUACGAGAGGUUGACCGGAAGCGCCAUAGGCCUCCUGAACCCAGCUUUUCGAGCAUAGGUCGUAGCGGCUACCGCGUCGGAAGAGGACGAGUUCGGCCGAAGCGAGGUCGAGGACGGGGUCAUUUUUCCCAUGAACAGCGCCAUCGUGAAAACUUCAUUUCCAAUGAGACGUGGCUGCCCUCGCAGUAUAACCACAAUCUCGCACCUCAGCACGUAACCAGUGGAAUUCUUGACUCUGGCAUGGGGGCACCUCACGCUAUCGAUGCCUUGCAUGCAAUGCAGGCAAUGCAACAACAUCCUCACAUGAUGCAACAUGCUCUUCAAACGCAGCAAGUGUUACAGCAACAGGCCAUUCAACAACAAGCUUACCACCACCAACAUGCACUGCACCAACAGUUGCACCAACAGGGUAUCGUGCAUGAAGAUGUAAUGCCACAAGCAGCGUUGAUGCACAUGCCCGCUGGUAUGCAGAUGGCGGUUCUUCCUCACGAAAACUAUCAACAAACCUUCGGUGCUGAUGCCAACAGUGAAAGUCAUCUCGGUCAAGAGAAUGUGCAACGCAACCAGAGCCGGUCUCACAAUAGCUGGGGUUAUCCUGGCAGUGGAAGAGGAAGGGCCCGCGUAAAGCAUGGCGGGGCGGCAGAUGUGCCCAGUUCUAUCACAGUUUCUAUCACGGUAAGGAGCAGAAUUGCAGAGAGGUCCCAAACCAAAAUGAUUCCGACGUUUCCAGUCCAAUACGUCACCAGGGCCCAUCCCAUACUCCUGUCCGAACGUUAA